GCUUCCGGGCUGCGCGCGCCGCGUGAGGGGGCGCUCGAGGAGGCGGCGGCUGCGGGGGCUCCGGCGGCGGUUUCGGCUCCGGCUCCGGCGGCGGUUUCGGCUCCGGCGGCUCGACAUGGCUGAGGUGGAAGAAACGUUGAAGCGAAUUCAGAGCCAGAAAGGAGUGCAGGGGAUCAUUGUUGUUAAUUCUGAAGGUAUUCCUAUUAGAAGCACUAUGGACAACUCCACCACGAUUCAGUACGCCGGGCUGAUGGGCAGCAUCGUCACGCAGGCGCGGAGCGCUGUGCGAGACAUCGACCCCCAGAACGACCUCACCUUCCUGCGGAUCCGCUCCCAUAAAAACGAGAUCAUGGUUGCAACAGAAAACGACUACUUGCUGAUCGUCAUCCAGAAUCCAACCGAGUGAUUACACUGACUUGGUCUGUUUUUUUCCCUUUGCCUGACUGUCCUCUUUUUAUUUAAUGGUAAGAAAAUAGAGCAUUAGUAUUAACUUUGCUAUGUUGCUUCAAUAAAGUCUGGAAAAACAAAA